CGUGUUCUACGCAUAACACGGAAGUUAUUUGUUAUUUUCUUUCCACUAACGACCUUUCCCGUUGCCUAAAUGUGCUUAAAUGUCAGUUUUGAAGCGGUUCUCUGGUAGCAUAUGGCAGCACAAGAAGCCGCAGGGGUCGGCCGGGCUCCCGCCUGCCUGUGCGUCCUCUGCGGUCUACCUGCUGCGGGGAAGUCCACGCUGGCCCUCCGGGUCCUCUCCUCCGCGGCACAGCGCGGGUGGAGAGCGAGCGCGGUGCCGUAUGACGACCUGAUCCUCGGGCACGCUUUUCACACUAGAAGGGUGGAGGGGGAUGGUGUGAUCUCAAACGAUCACACUGAAUGGAGGUUACACAGACAGGCGGUUUUGCGGUGCAUCGAGCAGUUCUUGGAGAAUCCUCAACCUCCGGCCCAGCUGCCGGACGGCUGUCCACUCAACAAAGCAGCGUGGGAACAAUGCAUUCAAACGCUCCUGCAGUCUGAAGCCGUGGACCGCUCACCGGCUGGCCAGGCGCCGCUCGUCCUCCUGCUGGAUGACAACUUUUACUAUCCAAGCAUGAGAUAUGAAGUGUACCAACUUGCAAGAAAGUAUUCACUGGGUUUCUGCCAGGUGUAUCUACAGUGUGAUGUGGAGUCCUGCAUCAGCAGAAACCAGACCAGGUCCGAACCAAUCCCCUCUGACGUGAUAUUGGAGAUGGUGAAUCGUUUGGAGUCUCCAAAUCCACAGAAAUACUCAUGGGAGACAAACAGCGUUUCUAUCAACACCACAGGCAAUUUGUCCACAUGUGACAUCCAGAGAGUGAUGGAGUUGAUCUCUUCCUCACUUUGCAACCCACUGAGCCCAUCUGUAGACAACACUGAGCAAAAGGAGGCAGACCGCCUGAAAUGUGCAACUAGUGUGGUUCACCAGAUUGACCAGGCCUGUAGACGUCACAUAUCUGAAGCCAUGAAGACUGCCAGAGAGAAUCAACUACCUCCCGAGCACAUAAGGUCUUUGGCUGCUCAGCUAAGCGCAUCAAAGGCAACAUUUCUGCACAGCCUGCGGCGACAGCUAUUUCAUGAAGCAUCUUUCACUCAGGAAGAGGAUAUUGAUAUAGAUCGUGUGGUGAAAAGAGCUGUGGAUGUUUUUGGUCAUGAGAAAAAGGAAAUCCUGCUCAGAAUCAUAGGUGAACAUGAAUGACUUAAUUACUUUCUUGAAUCUUAACAAAUGCAGAUUUGAUUACAUCAAACUGUAUGUCAUUGUAUCUAAUUAAAUGUAAAUAAAAUGGAAUUUUGCUGGUAA